AUGCUCGAAUCAAUGAGAGUCUUAAUAAGACAACACGCGACUAUUUCUGCUGACCUCCUGAUGCUCAAAUAUCGCCUGAAUAGAAAUUGUGUCGAGAUGAUCGACGAGAAUUUACAUGAGAUCCUCGGAGCCAUGCCCAAUGAUGAGGAAUUUGAAAUGUAUCUGUUGGAAUGGAGAGCCGGAUCGCUUGAUGAGGUCGAGUUUCUCGACUUGUGCUUUUACGAGAAAGAUGAGCCGAAAUUGAAAGAGUUUGGGGAAUUCGAGCGGAUAUUGUCCACUUUUCAAAAGAAAGUCCAGACGCGGGCGAUUGGGUAUUUUGUGAGGAAAAGCGGGGAUUUGGAGGUGAUGAUGAGAAGCGUUGAGGGAAUGAAGAGACGCCUCGUCGGGUGGAGGGAAAUCGACGAGGAGAUUGUCGAAAUUCAAGUGAUUCUUCGGAAAAGAUGGCCACUUAAA